AUGUCUUGUGCCCUCUCCACCCGUUGCUUGCGUCGCGCCGUGGCCUCUCAUCCGCCAGCACCUGUAAAUCACGUCUCCCACUCAUCUUCUGUCCGUCGUCAAUACUCUUACGCUGCUCUCAAAACACGUUCGCAACCUACCCAUGCCAGACAAAAGGAUACGCCAACACCAGGCCCUGCCGCUACCCACCAGCUUGAUAUCCGAAUACAACGUGAUUCGUUCACUGGACAUCCACGGGAGAGAAAGUCAAGUCGACGGCGGUCAAGCCAAGACGGCGUGGUGACGACGGUUGCUGAAAGGGGCUUUCUUGAGGAACGCGUUCAACGUGGUGGGCCCUCUCAACCGGACCAAAUUUUUUCAGACCACCUCAGUGGUCUCUUUUCGCCAUUGAAAUUUCCACCUCAACUGUCGGCACGUAUCUUGACCCAUGCUAGUCACCCCGCCGCUUUCCAUGGGCAUAAUGCCCAGCUUUCCUUUAUUGGUCGACGCGUGCUUGAAUCCUACCUGCUCCUUCUACUGACAUCAUCUUCGCAUCUCAAACCAACACACGACUUGCAAGAAAUUGUGUCGCGUGUUCUCAAUACCUAUUUUCUGGGAGAGCACAUUGGGUCAAAAUGGGGACUUGGUCGAGUGAUGCGAUGGACUCCUACACUGCCUGCGUCGUUGCAACCGCCAGAAACGCUCCAAGCUAAAUCAAAGCUGCUUAAGGAAGUUGGUCUUUUCAAGGUCCAGGGGGACGCUGUUACCGCUGUUAUUGGAGGAAUUUUCCAACAAUUCGGUGCAUCCGUUGCUCAUCGCGUUUUCCACACUCGCAUGCUCCCACGACUACUUCUUACUGAAGGUGGUCUGCCUGCGUGCUUUCAUGGAGACGCAAAUGCGAUCUGCGCCCGUUUGGGUGGAGCCAACGGGGAUUUGAUUCUCGAUUCCGAAGUCUUGCCCUCACGCGAGCUUCAGCCAGAGGAUUCUGGCACAACCAACAGUCAACAGACAUUGUAG